GCAACCAUCACUCAGUCAGGCAGUAUCGGUCUGUGAACGGGCGGAGACGGACGUUGCCAGAAUAUCUCCCUGUUAAGUCCGUGUUUCUUUUUUUUCUCUUUUUUUCUGUGUUUGCGUGUGUGUGUGCCCACGUCAAUGAACUGACCAUUAGGAUAACCACAAAGCAUAGUUCCCCCGGUGCUAUGAAGGCGUGGACUCCCAUUUGAAACGUGAAAAGUGAAAAAUAAUGUGGCCUUUGACUCGCGACUGGAAGAGAGCGGCAGUGGAUCUGUACAUGAGUGAGGUGGCGAGGGGCGUGGCCAGGGGGCGGCUAGCAGCGUGUGCCACCAGGGAAAUGUGUAUGAACAUAAAAAAAGGCGCCCGUCAAGAAAGGCACAGAUGCAGGGUGGUGAGGCAGUGUUCAUCCCAGGGGCACACCACACAGGGUCAGCAACACAGAAUGGUGGUGGAGAGGCACCUGUGGGACGCCCAGGGGAACACCAAACACAACCUUGACAGACAGAAGAGUUUAUUGAUGAAGUGUGGAAGAAGAGGAGAAAGGAACAAUGAUAUUCGACCAGCUGCGGCAUCUGGGGGCUUCACUUGACUGGGACAGCUGGGACAUGGAUGCAGCGAGAGACUGGCCUGUGUGUCUGUCUGUACAUCCGAGGAAGAUCUGGACACCUGUUUCUCCUCUGGCCUCUCCCUUUGCCUCGCUGGGCUGGCCGGGUCAGGGGAGGGGAGAGACCAUGCCUGACCUUGCUCGCUUCUACGCAACGACCUUGAAGACGAGUCACGGCAUCCUCUUGUGGGUGGCUCAGGUGGUCAUGCCGGGACUCGACUUGACGGGGAGGCUUUCCUUUGAGACUGUGCUGCUGCAUGGCCUCCAGGGUGAUGGUGGCGGCCACAAGACGUCCAAGUCCUGGGGCAGUGUGAUAAACCCCCCUGGAUGUCAUCAGUGGGGCGUCCCUGGAGGUACUGUGCGAGAGGGUGGAGGGGACCCUGAAUGCAGAAGAAGUACUCACUGGUCUCGUAUGAACUCUCCCACAGGCAUCCCAGAGUGUGGAGCUGAUGCCCUUUGGUCCACCCUGUGCUCCACCAGCUUCAGGAGUCAGUGUGGCAUAGAUAUAUGUGGAUGACUGUGGUGUCUUGUCUUGUGUGGAGUUACAAGGUUGGUGUAUGGAUGGAACCGUCACCCCAAACAAUGAGUGGUGGAGGGUGCGUUCUGCGUUGACAGCCAGCAUGAGCGGUGACAGGAGGUGUGUGAGACGCAUGACAGCUUUAGUGACAAGUUCAUGCAGGCAGUGGUGCAAUAUUAUUCCCUCAGCACUCUCAUUCACUUUGAGGGCUUGGAAACCACAGUGCCUUCAGAUUUGUGGAGAACCAUGGGUGCCUUGCCUCCUCGCACCACCACCACAAGCACCACCACUCCUGCCAUCACCUACAAGGGGGAGACUGUGAUGUGGCUGCAGGUGGAUAGGUUCGGAGGCCUCCAGAGAGCUGCCCAGAGUGAAGCUUGUGGUAUAGAGGGACAGCUGCUGAUUAUCAAGCUUAUGGAGUGACUGGAAGAAAGUGGGAGGAGCCUGGAAGGAGUGGUGGAGGUACAGUACUUGGAGAAAAUCCCUCCACCAUGACGACUGGGUGUCUGCUGUACAGUCCACCGACCAAUGGAAUUGCUGUCUGAGGUGUGUGUGUGUGUGUAGAAGCCACCAUCAUCAACCACAGCAGGUGAUAAUGAUGUUUCCUGCUUUCAUCCUCAUUGGGGCUAGCCAGACCAACUUGGGGCUGUACUGGGGUGACGCUGUGUGCCUCAGGUGUAUCUGGAGGGCUGAGAUAGUGAGAAGGUUACCUUGUUGUUGAUAUGCAGUCUUGCUAUGUGGGCGAUGAACACCUCUGGGACAUGACGAGCAGAUGCCCAUCCAGCACAGCUCAACUUGUAUGGAAUCUGGACCUGGACCAUCACAUGAAUGCCACUGCCUUUGAUAUGUGUUUGAUAUGGCUUCUAUUGCUUUCAAGUGACCAUCUGCCUCUGUGAAAUAUGGAAGAUCUUACAAGGUCAAGCAUAAUAUUAAGCAAGUGAUAGGAAUGGUGAUAUGAGUGUGGUGUGUCUGAAUUAGCUGUCAGAGUAUUGUAAAUAUUAUUACUUAGUCUUCCCAGUUAUGAAAUUAAGAACAGUUGUGAAGUUUGCUUUAAAACCCCUUCAUUAACUUUGCCACAAAACACUUUUACAUGUUGUCAAAAGUGUGUAACUGUUAUGAAGUGUGUGUAUAUAUCAUUACUACAGAAGAAUCUGGAAUUUCCCCUCAGAUUACUUUAAUGAAUGAAGCUUGAGUUCACAGAUGUGUGGUUAGGUUAGGUUAGGUUAGGUUACACAACCAAAACCACUCAAAAUUAUACAUUAAUUUUUUUUAUAGAGCAACAUGUGUGGAAAGUGGUACCAGAAAUAUUUGCAUAACAAAUAUUUGGUUGUGGACCUUAGCACUUAUACAGUACUGCACUAACUUACACACAUGGUUAAUUAAUGAUGUAAUACUCAGGUGAAGCUGGAUUUUCAAAAGACUGAUCAAUAUUUUUUCCCAGAUGUCAUUUUUAUGCAGCUGACUGAAGGAGAAAAACAUUGCAAAGGUCACACUAUUCUUAAAUCUUACUAAAAUGUAUGCGCAUCACUUUCUGCUUUCACCCCAAUGGCACACCAACCAAAAUUCAUGGGUAUGGAGAUGGCUGGACUAGUUCCUGUGGUCACCCCUCUUAUAUCUUAAUUUGCCACUGUCUUCCCUGUGUGCUGGUUAAGUUCCUGCAUAUUGCAAUACUUAAUCUACUCACUGCUGAAGUCCCUGGAAACUAGGUAGAAUAAUUUAGAAUGACAUGGUUAAGUUAAUGCCUAUAAAAUCUCAUUUGUAAUAUUCAGGAAGAUUGAAUUAUUCUUCCUCUGUUGAAGCAAAUGAUAUGACAUUGACUAGAAGCUUUCACAAUAUUUAUAGACUUUCUUGUAUCAGCGAUCUUUUGGAAAUGCAGCCAUUAAUCUGUAAAUACUUGUAUAGUGUAGCUGGCAUGAAGGUUGCAGUCUUCAUGAUGUACUAGUGGACAAGCAGGAAGUGAUGGUGUUGAGCCACUGUAGUAGUGAUGUUAUGGUAGGAAGUUACUGUCAAGAUCAGGACGUCUGCAAGUUCAAAUGGUCACCUAACAAUUGCACCUUAGUAGAAAAACACACACAGGAAGUUUAUGCAAGUUUUUAUCCUUAUAUGAAAUGUUGCUAGUGUUAACAUAUAAAAUUGUAUUGCAUCAAACCCCCAUACAUUACUGUCUCUAUCCAGUAUGAGACCGGUGUUCAGGAUAACAAGAAGCCGGCAUUGCUCAAGCUGACCACAUUUCAUCCAUUUAUACAUACUUUUUAUUAUUAAAGCUUAUCUUGUAAUUAUUGCUGAAGACAUUGACUCAUUUAUUUAUUUAUUUAUGACUUAGAACUAUGAUAAAGCUAUGGAUUGAUAUAAUUCCUGAUUUGUUUCCAUUCUUGUCUCCGCUUGUCCAUCCCUGAGUGGUCAGAAGCGGUGCUCCACUGAUGAUGUGGAAGCCUGAGACAGCCAAUCAUUUAAUGGGCUAGGUUACCUUUUGUCACCAGUCUUCUGUGUGUCACUCACUACGUUUGGAAAUGUUUACCUGUUCUAUUUAAUUUGUUGGUUAUAAUAAUGUUUAUGGUCAAUAAACUAUUUAUCUGUGUCAGUAUGAUAAAAGCAGUUAUUGUUGUUAUUGUUAUUAUUAUUAUUAUUAUUAUUAUUAUUAUUAUUAUUAUUAUUAUCAUUAUUAUUAUUAUUAUUAUUAUUAUUAUUAUUAUUACACAUUUUCCUCCUUGUAUUUAAAUAUUAUUAUUAUUAUCACGCAUUUUUCUUGUAUAUAAAUAAAAUAUUGUAACUGA